AUGGGGCUUGAGAUCUUCUCCAUAAACAAUAAAGUUAUUGUCGACAUGGAAGGCAAAAUGCGUGAUAGCAACGCUCGUUUAUACAUUGGAGGACUUGUGAUGCUGGUUUAUCUACUGAUCGGAGCUAUUGUUUUUGUAAGGCUUGAGUAUCCACUGGAGCGAAUCGAGCGCGAAACACAUUGGGAAUAUAGGGAGCAAUGGAAAGAUAGACUGAUCUCGGCUGGUAUUGAAGCGGUACGUGGUCGUACUAUAAUCACCGUUGCGAUUCUCCUCGUCAGCUAUCUAGUCGCAGGCGCAUUUGUCUUCCAAGCUCUAGAAUAUGGUCAUGAAGUUGAAGCUAGAUCGAAUUUCUCUUUUGCAAUACAUCGUUUCAAGAACGCUACUGGAGUUAAUCAGUCCGAGAUAGACCGACUAUUCGCUGAUAUUCGCGAUGCCGCCUUGAACGGCAUUUGGAUGGAGAAGAAUGUGACGAGUUCACCAAAUUGGUCCUUCGGCCAAGCGUUCUUUUUUGCUGGAACUCUCAUCAGUACUGUUGGCUAUGGUCGCGUCUCACCAAGAACGGAACAUGGAAAAUUGUUUACAAUUGUGUAUUGUAUCAUUGGCAUACCGCUAACCCUAGCCUUACUGUCUGCAAUAGUAGCACGUCUCAGAAAACCGUCGCAGUUGUUGCGUGGAUUCCUGAACAAACACUUGGCGCACAUUUUUCACGCUGGACAGAUUCAGAUGUUCCAUCUUGCAACAGUAUGUUUGCUUCUUCUUGUCUUCGUAUUUCUCAUCCCUGCUUGGGUCUUCACCAACAUUGAACCCGACUGGACUUUCUUGGAUGCUUUCUAUUACUGUUUCGUGUCGCUGACAACAAUUGGAUUAGGCGACUAUGAGCCGGGUGAUAGCCCCGAUCAAGAGUACAGAAACGUGUACAAAGUAAUAGCAACAGUGUAUCUGUUAGUGGGUCUGUGUUGUAUGAUGUUGUUCUUGGCUACACUUUACGAAAUCCCACAUUUCGAUUUAACACGGUUCUUCUUGAAAACAGAGGAGGAGUCCAGAAUGGUUGACGAGAAUGACGUGGGUCCGAAAUAUGGCCGGUUCUCCGAAGAUGGGGCUUCCCAAUCUUACGAAAAUGGAUUCUACCAUUCUCACUAA